AUGGCACGGAGCGAGAACGUCCCUCCCAUAAUACACCCAAUACAGGUAUCUGCCGAAGACAUGGCAUUGCCACUAGCAAACUGUUUUACGUUAGCAAAAAUGUGGGAUGGAAGCGCCCAGCCUGCUGGUGAUUUAGUUGACCAGACUAUCAAGCGGGAGAUGGAGAGAUUGUUCAUUGAGUACCGGACAUAUGACCAGCCUACACUCGUCGCUGCCUUUCAGGCAUUGCUAAUAUACUCGAUAAUUCUUCUCUUCCCGAAUCCGCAAAAACCAUCACCAGGAACAUUCAAUCAGGUAACUCUCAUCGCGCUCCAAGACCUUGGCUGCUACGUUAGCGAAACAGACUUCAAUCUAGCACCCGUAACUGUACAUAACCGACCCACAUGGGAUACCUGGAUUAUCGUAAACGCCAAACGAAGAACCCUGAUGGCUUUGUACUGUUUUGAGUGGAUGUACGCAAGACUUAACGCCUUACCAACAUAUCCCUGCACAGAGAUCGGGUUUAUGCCUGGCCCAGCAGGAAAGUCAACCUGGGGAGCGAGGUCAAGAGAUGAGUGGGAGUGUGCGUAUGGCAGAUGGCUAGGGCGAUGGGCCGAAGGCGGCUUCUAUACAAUAAAGGAACUGGCAAACGUUCGGCCAGGGCCCGAGAUUGACGCACGCACUGAAAUGUGGUUGGAGGAAGCAGAUGAAUUUGGGAUGAUGUAUAUGUCUCUGGAUAAAAUCUCUCCUCCUGAAGCUGUCUGA